ACAGAUACACUGGCAUUGGGAGAAUGAUUAGAAAACAGAGCAUGGCGUAAAGAGUCGUGUCUGUAGAAUAUAUUGAUUUUUAAAAUUAAUUUAUGUGCCAAGUCUAAGAAGCGACUGAGUUUCUUUGUGAUUUGAAGGUUUUGAGAUAUUCGAUUGACUUAUUACGGUGUAAUGGUGGUCGGUUUCGAUUUGUGGAUAGUUCCUUUCAAGGAGUAGCUUAAUUCCUUUCCGCUUGUAAAUCGGAAUGGAAAUUUGGUGAUUUCAGAAUAAUACAAAUGCCGUUUGAGAAUAAUCGGAGUGAGUUUUCGGUUCCAAGAAAUGUAUACGGUUAUAUGCGAUCAGUUGGAGUUGAAGAUAUGGAUGAAACAAGUGCAUUGAGACUGAGAGUUAUAGCAGGUCAUCAGCUAGCAAAGAAAGACAUUUUUGGAGCCAGUGAUCCUUAUGUAAGAAUUGACCUCAACACAAUUAAUGGAGAUGAAACUGUUGAUUCAUUUCUCACAAAAACGAAGAAAAAGACACUGAAUCCACAGUGGAAUGAAGAGUUUAUAUUGCGUGUGAAACCAGCGGAACAUAAACUCGUACUGCAAGUUUUCGAUGAGAACCGGCUGACUCGUGACGAUUUCUUGGGAAUGGUGGAGUUAACACUGCUAAAUCUACCCAAGGAGCAAGAAGGAAGGAGUGUACCAUCCAAGCAGUAUAUUCUACGCCCACGCAGUGCCAGGUCUCGAGUGAAAGGUCAUCUGGAGAUAUACCACGCUUUUGUACGAGAGCCAUCGCAGGAGGAGGUGAUGAGGCUUGCCGAGGAGGUGUCGAGCACACAACCGGAAACAGAUCCUGACUGGGAGAUUGUUGAGAAUGAGUCAUCCCCACCAAAUGUGGAGUCUGCUGCCCAGCCGGUGUUUGUGCAGAAUCAGGAGCAGCUGACACCUCUGCCGCAUGGGUGGGAAGAGCGACAAGAUGCCAAUGGCCGUACCUACUUCGUGAAUCACAUAGCUCGUUCUACUCAGUGGGAAAGGCCUACCUUCAACAAUGCUGGAACUUGUAAUGAUCAAGUUCGUGAGCGUAGUCUGGAAUCUGCAGUUACGGAAUUUCAGAGGCGGUUUCACAUUAGUGUAGACGACAUUGAAGCUAAUAGAAGAGAAAAUGAUCCAGCAGUUAAUCAGGCUAGUGACACCACAGACAGUCCUUCCCAGCUCCAGCAUGAAGCAGAAACUCCGUCCAUGCCUGAGGUCCGAGUACCAAAUACGUUGGGCGUAAAUUCCGAGGGACUACCUCAAGGAUGGACCAUGCAAGUGGCACCUAAUGGCCGUGUUUUCUUCAUUGACCACAACGAAAGAGCCACGACUUGGGUAGAUCCUCGCACAGGACGUGCCAGUCCUAUGCCAAACCAAAACCAUCCGCCUAACCGACGGCCUGAAGACGAAUUAGGGACUCUACCAGAAGGUUGGGAAGAACGGGUUCACACGGAUGGAAGAAUAUUUUUUAUUGAUCAUAAUACUAGAACCACUCAGUGGGAGGAUCCAAGAUUGUCAAAUCCUCAGAUUGCUGGUCCAGCAGUGCCAUAUUCUCGUGACUACAAGAGGAAAUAUGAGUAUCUGAAAUCUCAGUUAAGGAAACCAAACAACGUACCAAAUAAAUUUGAGAUCAAGGUACGAAGACAGAAUAUUUUGGAAGACUCGUAUCGGAUAAUCAGUAGUGUGAACCGAAUGGAGCUGUUCAAAACCAAGUUAUGGGUUGAGUUUGAAGGUGAAGUGGGCUUGGACUAUGGUGGACUGGCUCGUGAAUGGUUUUUUCUGCUCUCCAAAGAGAUGUUCAAUCCAUACUAUGGUUUAUUCGAAUAUUCCGCAAUGGAUAACUACACGCUUCAGAUUAACCCUUUCUCUGGGUUGUGUAAUGAAGAACAUCUCAAUUACUUCAAGUUCAUUGGACGUAUUGCGGGGAUGGCUGUUUAUCAUGGUAAACUACUAGAUGCGUUUUUCAUCCGUCCCUUUUACAAGAUGAUGUUAGGCAAGGCAAUUGACCUGAAAGAUAUGGAAAGUGUGGAUUCAGAAUAUUACAAUUCAUUACUUUGGAUCAAAGAGAAUGAUCCUUCAGAACUUGAACUUACUUUCUGUGUGGAUGAAGAGAGUUUUGGUCACUUUUCUCAGCGGGAACUGAAACCAGACGGUGCAAACAUUCCUCUCACAAAUGAAAAUAAAGAUGAAUACAUAAGCCUGGUUAUCCAGUGGCGAUUUGUGUCACGAGUACAAGAUCAGAUGAAUUCAUUUCUUGAUGGUUUUAAUGGUCUGGUGCCCCUUAAUCUGGUCAAAAUCUUUGAUGAACAUGAGCUUGAAUUGUUAAUGUGUGGCAUACAGAACAUUGAUGUCAAAGACUGGAAGCAGAAUACGCUGUACAAAGGGGACUACCACCCCAAUCAUAUUAUUGUACAAUGGUUUUGGAGGGUUGUGCUUUCAUUUAAUAAUGAGAUGCGAGCUAGACUGCUGCAGUUUGUGACGGGAACUUCUCGUGUUCCGAUGAACGGUUUCAAAGAACUGUAUGGCAGCAAUGGUCCGCAGCUGUUUACCAUAGAGAAAUGGGGUCAGCCAGAAAAUUAUCCCCGUGCCCAUACAUGUUUCAAUAGGUUGGACUUGCCUCCUUAUGAAAGUUACCAGCAACUACGUGAGAAGCUCAUCAAAGCUAUCGAAGGGUCGCAAGGAUUCGCCGGAGUCGACUAACCGUCGUGCGCCGUAUCGUGACGUUCGGACACUUUCGCCAGCUGUAUUAUAUUGUACAUACUGAGACCUUUUUUUUUUAAAUUUCACAUUAGUAAUGUACUGCACUUUUUAUGCCUUCCGUCUUCGGCGCACCAAAUUAAACAUAAAGAACUGUACAAAAUUCUCAUUUGGUUACAGUUUCUUUGGUUAGUGCUUUUUUGAUUGUAAAUAUUUUGAUUUUGUAUGUGAGUGUUUUAGGUUAUGUAUAUAAUGUAUAAUGUGGAAAUAUUUGUUUUUUCAUACCUGUGAUUAUCCACUGAAUGGUUACAAAUCCAGUCUUACCUUCGUUAUAUGCAGGAACUGGCAGUGGUUUGCUUCUGUGCCGUAGAAAAUGACGUCCUGGGUAAGGUAGCUCCUAUUCGUAAAACUAGCCUUUGAAUAAGCGUCACUUGCUAAGACAAACAAGUAGCUCUGUCCCCCUUUGUACAUUUUGAUACAAGUAAUUUUGAUAAUGUACCAUAAUCAUCAGUUGGGGCAGUGGUGUUGAUUUGUACCUAAUGUAAGAGAAAGUUAAAAGUGAUCUUUGUCUCGAGUGAAGUAUAAAUUAUUACGAGUAACUACCGUAAUUGAAAAUUCUAUGUACAUGAGAAACUAUACCAACAUAACUUUUCAAAACAUACUGAUGUAUCAUGUAUUUAAUUAAUGAAUCGCAACACAGUGAUAUCGCAUUGGAAUUAUUAUUUAUCUUUGACAUAUCUAUUAUCUAAUAUCUAAUGGAAUUAUACAGACUAUUAUUAAUACUUCCGAGAUCUUACGAUGUCUUGAAUGCAGUAUGUGGGAGUCUUUUUGUCGUUAGUCAUAAUAGUUAUAUCAGUGCUAAAUGGGAAUAAUUACAACAAAUACCUCUGAUGAUCAUUAUUUAUAUAAAUAUUAGUAAUAUAAUCAGUAAUUUAUAUUGUAAUAACAAAUCAAAUGAAGUUUAUAUUCUUCAUGCGCUA